AUGAGCAUGGCGUUUGAGAAGUCAACGACGCCGCGCGAUGACGGUGCCGUCGCUCAUGUAGAACGAGAACCAUCUGGACAAGAUGCACCCGACAAUGGAACCGAAGAGAAGCCUCCACCUAACGGGGGUCUAGAAGGAUGGUUGAGCGUCGUCGCCGGUUUUUGUGUUUUCGUUAACUCUUGGGGUUUGAUCACUACGUAUGGUGCUUUCCAGGAAUAUUACCAGACGGUGCUUUUGCCCGAUCAACCUCCGUCAUCGCUAUCAUGGGUGGGAAGCAUUCAAGCGACUCUCAUUGUGAUGGUGGGAAUUGUCACUGGGCCACUGGUUGAUUCCGGCUACCUGCGACCAUUGAUUGUCUGUGGCAGCGCCUUGACAGUGUUUGGUAUCAUGAUGACCAGUCUAUCUACAAAAUACUAUCAAAUAAUUCUAGCACAAGGAUUUGGCGUGGGCCUCGGCGGCGGAAUCGCCUAUAUCCCAGCUCUUGUGGUCAUCUCUUCCUACUUCACGACGAAGCGACCUAUCGCAAUCGGAUGUGCAUCGAUCGGAUCCAGCGUAGGCAGUGUCGUCUUUCCCAUCAUGUUCCGCCAGCUUCAGCCUAAGAUUGGCUUCCCCUGGACUGUCCGCUGCAUCGGCUUCAUCAACCUGUUCCUUGCCCUAAUCACGUGUGCCGUGCUCUGUCGACGUCCGGGCAAGAAGACCCGCGCCAGAAGCAUGAUCGACUUUAGGGCGUUCAAGGAGCUUCCGUUCAUGCUAUACGCUGUCUCUCUGACUUGUAUCAUGCUCGGCUACUAUAUCCCGGUAUUCUAUGUCCCAUCAUACUCCCGCGUCGCAUUACACACAACCCGAAGUCUAUCCUUCUACAUGGUCGCUAUCAUCAACGGGGCUUCGGCGUUCGGUCGGACAUUACCAUAUCUAGCUGGUUCGCGCGUAAAACCAAUGGUCAUCUUACUCUGCGCGACAGCUGCCGGUGCCAUCGCCAUGUUCUGUUGGCUCGCUGUUAGCAACACGGCUGGGUUCAUCGUCUGGGCUUGCUACUGGGGUUUACUCAGUGGCGUGCUUGUCACGGCUCCGACCUCUAUCGCAGGCCAUCCGGUUAUGUGUCCAGACCCUAGCUAUCUCGGCACGCGCAUGGGAAUGAUGUGGGGAAUUAGUUCAUUCGGGUCUUUGGUCGGGACGCCGAUUGCGGGAGCGUUGGUUGACUUGACGACAGCAGAAUUCUGGCGAGCGCAGGUCUUUGCAGGAUGUUUGAUGGUGGGAGCUGUUCUUUUGCAGUCUUGGCCCACUACGGUUGUGGUCAGGCAUGAUCGCGAGAAGUCGACUGGACGCUGA